AAUGGGCUGAAAGCAUCAAUGUGCCGACGUCAUAUUCUGAAACAUCCUGCGUGUGUUAAAUUUUGUAGUCAUGUACAGGAGAGAGAGACAUGUAUCCUGAGGGAGAUGCUCUUUUGAGAGGAGUUUAUAUAAUUUACCAUGUUGAUUGUGGGUGGGACUAGAGACAAGCAGCUGAUCAUUGUGAUCAGAGACUGACUGGCAUUGGGAUCUUCUGCUGAUUGAUCGCGAUGGAAUCACUCAUUUGUCGGCUGCUGUUCUUCAUGCUGAUCGCUCAUCAUGUAUUAUUUGCAGAUCAACACACAGUGUUUCAGUCCCGACAGCUGGCCAAUGUGCUACUGCUGCGCUCUAAACGGGCAAAUGCAUUUCUGCUGGAGGAAAUUCUGCAGGGGAAUCUGGAGCGCGAGUGCUUUGAGGAGAGAUGCAAUAAAGAAGAGGCCAGAGAAUACUUUGAGAAUGACCAGAAGACAAAUGAGUUCUGGACCAAAUACUAUGAUGGAGAUCAGUGCCGUUCAAACCCAUGUAAACACGGCGGCACAUGCAAGGAUGGGAUCGGUGGUUACACAUGCACAUGUGCUGAGAUGUACAGUGGCACCAACUGUCAAACUGAUAAAUCCCAGUGUCCAUCAGCUGGGCCUUUAGCAUGUGAGCAUUUCUGCAAAACGAUGACUGAUUCAUACCGCUGCUUCUGUGCACGGGGAUAUAAACUUAACAGUGACAGCAGGAGCUGCUCACCUCACGUUCAGAAUCCAUGUGGGACAACAGAGAUGUCCAGCUUCUGUCCUGAUGAACACUGCCCAUGGGAGGUGAAGUUUGUGAACACCAGCGGUGAUGUCGUCUGUCACGGUGUGGUUCUAGGCAGCAAGUCUGUGCUGACAUCAGCCACGUGCAUGUCUGCGCUAAAGGACCUCCAUGUCACUCUCGUGGGACGUCACUCAACUGCGGUGCUGCGUGUCUCCAGCUGGACACCGCAUAAGCGGUACGUGUCCGGUCUGGAGGAUGACCUGGCCUUCCUGGAACUGAUGGAGCCCUUCCCACAGAACAUGUCCAUCAUCCCGCUGUGUCUGCCAGAGAGAGACUACAGCGAGAACAUUCUAAUGAGAGCUGGACGAAAGGGUGUGGUCAUGGGUGGAGCCAGGCACUCUUACCUCUCACUGGAUGAUUGUCACAGCUCUCUCAACCUCACAUUCCUAAUGACCAAUAAGAUGUUUUGCAUGCAGAAGCAGGAGUCUGACAUCGCUGUCAGGGCCAAGCCGAUGCCGUGUGACUUGAAGUUUGGAAGUCCCGUCGCAACAGUGGAGGGAAAGACGGCAUUCCUGACAGGCAUUUCUCUGUCCACUGGAGACUGUAAUCAUGGACUAGUGUUCACCAAACUGUCCCGAUACCUGCACUGGCUGCGACCGCUGCUGCAUGCAUCUGAGAAAGAACAACAACAACAGCUAUGAAGCAACAACAAAAAACAAAGGACACUGGCUGUAUGAAGAAACAAA